UACAUUUCCUCUCUCGUAUUUCAUGCUUGGCAUUAUCCCAGUCAGACUUCGUCAAGGAUUGGUUAAUCAUUCGCGAUGGAAACAGCUUCGACGCAAAGUGUUUAGUCGCUUCGUCAGCGUGCGUUGAAUCUCUGUGUCGAAUAUGGCGUAUCUAAGACAUUUUUUGGUCUUCUGUUCAAUUGUAUAUGUGUUGAGUAAUUCAAAGGAUUGUAAGCUCGAUGAAAUGGAAAGUAAUUGUUGCUCAGAAUGCCGUUGCGAAUAUACUUAUUCAUAUUAUGGCGAGAAACAGGAUUGGGAAGUGGAUUGCUCAAACAGGAGCCUGACUGAAGUACCUAACUGUCCAUGGGAGAAUUUUACUCGUGUUGAUUUACGUCGCAACAAAAUUAAGAAGAUCCCCAAGGACACUUUCCAAAGAUUUAAAAACAUUCGAGUUCUGGAUCUAAGUGAAAAUCAGCUCAGUUACCUACCAGAGCCGAACAUUACGAUGGGAAAGCUGAAGGACCUAAAUUUAAAUCAAAACAAAUUCACGGAAAUACCAGCUAUCGCGUUGUCAAGAAUGCCCAAUUUGAAACUUCUGUACAUGAAGAAUAAUUGUAUUCCGGAAAUUCCGUCCACUUGGAAACAGCAAAAGUUGAUAUCUCUAGAAUUGGAUCAUAACAAAUUCGAAAAGUUUCCUUUUAUUGGACCGAAAAUGAUGCCAAAUUUAGAAAUACUGUAUCUUCGUUCAAACAAAAUAACUGAGAUUCCAGAAAAUGCUCUCGGAUAUAUUAAAAAUAUUCAGUCAUUGAUACUACAUAAUAAUCGUUUGGAGUCCAUCCAUCCAAAUUUUCCUGGAAAUAACACCGAAAGUUUAUUAUAUUUCGAUUUCUCUGAUAACAAAAACCUGUCCACCAUCAAAUUUGAAACUUUUAGAAAAUUAAGAAAUUUAAGACGAUUACGUUUUGCAAAUACAAAUAUUAUGGAGAUACCUGAUUUAGCAUUUGAAGGUUUAAAUUACCUAAAAACGAUCGACCUAUCAGCACAAACAGGAAAAGCGAGUAAAAUUGGGAAAAGGGCCUUUGCAAACUUGCCUCAGCUUGACACCCUGUCAUUGUCAGAUUUUGGCCUAAACCACUUUCCAAAUCUCACAGGAACAACCAAACUAGAAAACCUAAUUUUGAGGACGAACAAUAUAAAAAGAUUACCGGACAACCUUUGCGAUAUUCUUCCUGAAUUAGAAGAUUUGGAUCUUACCUCGAAUAAAUUAACAGUUUUACCAAGCCUAUCGCGCUGUAAGAAACUGCUAAUUCUAAAACUAAGCAGCAAUCAGCUUAAAUCCUUCGGUGAUUCACUGCAGGGCUUGGAGUCACUUUUGGAUAUAGAAGCAAAGUACAAUAAGAUUGAGUCAAUUGGGGAAAACACUUUCAAAGGACUUACUCAACUGGAGAGCCUGUUCCUCCAAGAUAACGAAAUAUCAAAGAUUGACAAGAAUGCAUUUUCCGACCUGCAGAGACUUAAAAUAUUAUACCUGUCAAAUAACGAGUUUCCUGAACUACCAUCUCUGGGUAUGGGGAAUGUUGAGCGACUUUCAAUUAAAGGAAACUCUAUACUCACAAAAUUUCCGUCCCGGAGGAAUUUUCCAAAUAUCAAAACAUUGCAUCUUUAUUACCCGUAUCACUGUUGUGCAUUCCUCAAUGAAAGAAAAGAAUCACCGUUGCUGACUAACCUUACUUGGCCUCAUGAAGAAAAUUUGAAAUUCACCUGGACUUGGGUAUCACAGAACAACACACAAGACCCCUUUCAAGAUUUUUCUGCCAGUGGCGGAGAGGAAGGGGACUCAGAGCCUGAUGAUGAUUUAACAUAUAAUGUUGAAUGCACUCCUGAGCCUGGCCCGUUUGUUCCGUGUGAUGAUCUCAUGGGGGACUGGGUACUACGAUGCGGAGUAUGGAUCGUGUUUGUGCUGGCGCUGUGUGGAAAUGCGACGGUGAUUAUUGUCAUUCUUGCUAGCCAUACCAAGAUAGAUGUCUCGCGGUUCUUAAUCAGUAAUCUUGCUUUCGCCGAUCUUUUUAUGGGAAUUUACUUGGGUUUCCUGGCUGUUGUGGACAUUUCAACAUUGGGAAACUUUCGAAGCUAUGGCGUCGAAUGGCAAUUGAGCGCAGGAUGUCGAACUGCUGGCUUCCUCGCUACACUUUCAAGUGAACUUUCAGUAUUUACACUAACUGUAAUAACACUGGAAAGAUACAUUGCAAUCAAGAAUGCCAUUCGUGUAAAUCGGAGAUUACAGUUGAAAACUGCCAUAAUAGUUAUGCUUGUUGGCUGGACCUUCGCCCUUGUCACUGCAACGCUUCCCUUACUUGAAAUCAACAGUUAUGGAAGAUUUAGUAUUUGUUUACCGUUCGAAAUUGGUGAUCUUAAAUCCAUCGUGUACGUGGUGUUCCUCCUUUGCCUUAAUGCUGCUGCUUUUGUCAUAAUUCUUUUCUGUUACAUCCUAAUGUAUUGUUCAAUUCGUGGAUCCAACGCGUGGAACGCGAGUGACCUUCGCGUAGCAAAGCGUAUGGCAUUAUUGGUAUUCACUGACUUUGCGUGUUGGGCUCCAAUAGUGUUUUUCUCUCUAUCUGCUACCUUUGGAUCAACUAUUAUAAACCUCAACCAGGCAAAAAUCUUCACUGUCUUCGUGUUUCCACUUAACAGUUGUGCCAAUCCAUUCCUUUACGCGAUAUUUACUUCCCAUUUCAAGAAAGAUCUCUUAGCGAUAUGUAAGAGAGUGGAAGAGAAGUACCCCUUUCUGAAAAUAACGAAGCAUCGAUUGUCGUUCAGUCGUCGUAGUUCGUACAGCGGUGCUGUUUCCGAGAAUGCGAACAUGUACCUGCGAAUUCGCAGGUUUUCACUACCGGUGUUUCCGAAAGGUUUCACUAAUUCUAUAACAACCAACGGUAGAACAUCGGACUCGUCAAACUCCAACAAGAAUAGUUCGGACACGAAUGCGCUCGCCCAUGAUUGUAACGAGCAAUUAUUAACAGAAAGGGAAACGUCUGUUUAGAUGGAAAGAAGAAAAGACGCCUUCCUGUAAAGAUUCCGCCUCGUAAAUUUCGCGCUGGUAUGAAGAUCUCUUUUAUAAAAUCGGGGUGAACUGAAUGUUCGUAUUUAGUGCUUGAAAAUAGCCCGGAUAAAGAAUUGAAAAACAACUUCAUAUGUUCUCAAAUCGUUCUCGUUGAAGAAAAUAUCUUGAGGCAUCGUUCAUCCUCCAGUGUACAUACUAUUGAAUGAAAACAGAAUUUCCAGUAUACGAAUUAAUGCAAUCCAAAACAAUCUUCCCGAACAUAUAAACAAUUGAGUUCCUUUUGGCGCUAAGGAGCAUAAACUGCAUAUGAAAGCAAUGGCUGUAGUAGUCUACACAUGUGUAAAAAGAAAAGAACUAUAACAAAUGAAACAUAUAAAAUGAAAGGGUAAAGAAACAAAAGAUUGAAAACCGUUUGGUGCAACCGUGAUAUGUUCAUAGAAUCACCAGACCUCCACAAGCGACGCAUCGGAAACAAACAUCGUCGAUUAUGAUAUUCCCAAAACAAUCUUUGCCCUAAAUAAAUUAUUUAUGAAAAGUGUACAGUGUAAUAUAUUGAACGAUGAAAACGUUGUAGAAAGAUGCAAAAAAACGAAAUAUUUUAUUAUAAUAUAAACUUUUUUUAAUCAUUGUAGAAUGUAGCCAAAUGAAAAAUUGUGGUUUUUGAGAUAAAACCUCGUACAGUCGUAUAGUCGCAUGAACAAACUUGAAUUUAAACACUCGAACGUGUCGGCCAUCUUGUAAUUUUGAGAUCAAUUUUAUUGGUCUCGUGGUUACUAUAUGCAUGACCUAGUUAUCGUCACAAAUGUUCCAUAUUCACAGUUAGAAUUUUGAGAUAAUCCUAAGUCAUAACGCAUUUGUAGAAAAAAUUAGCAUUAGCGGCAGAAUUUUUGCGUAAUGUUGAAAGACUGCCAUGUGCACGCUUUUAUGUGGUCAAAACUUAAUUAGCCCUCGACUGUGUUCAAAGCCAUUUCGAAUUAUGCAAUUUUCAUCGUUAGAUCGAUCUUGUACUUUUGACAUGGCAUAAUAGUGCGAUAAUUUAUCUCAUUUCAUUCACCAAAACUCCUUAUUUUACGUUGUAGAGCUAGUUUUACUAGCAUUUCCUAAUAUCGUUAGCUUAUAUAAUAUGCAUGUAUAUCCUGUAAAUAGUAUAAAAAACUUUACCCUGCGCUUCGUUAUAGAUGUGCAAUCAAUUGGAAUGUUUAAUAUAUAAUCACUUUCACAAUUGAUAAUUCAGA